UCAUUAACCAAUGGCAACAGGAAUCCAAGGAUAAAGUGAUUUCCCUCCUGUUAACUCACCUGCCUUUGCUGAAGCCAGGAAACCUCGAUGCAAAAGUAGAGUAUAUGAAACUGCUGCCCAAAAUCCUGGCACACUCUAUUGAACACAACCAGCACAUCGAGGAGAGCAGGCAGCUGCUUUCCUAUGCUUUGAUCCAUCCAGCCACUUCGUUGGAAGACCGCAGUGCUUUAGCCAUGUGGCUGAAUCACUUGGAGGACCGCACAUCGACCAGCUUUGGCAGCCAGAACCGAGGCCGCUCGGACUCUGUGGAUUAUGGGCAGACGCACUACUAUCACCAAAGACAAAACUCCGAUGACAAGCUCAAUGGGUGGCAAAACUCUCGGGAUUCUGGGAUUUGCAUCAACGCCUCCAACUGGCAGGACAAAAGCCUGGGGUGUGAGAAUGGCCAUGUGCCCCUCUACUCCUCCUCAUCCGUCCCCACCACAAUCAAUACGAUUGGAACCAGCACAAGUACAAAUGUUCCAGCCUGGCUAAAAAGCCUCCGCCUGCACAAGUAUGCUGCGCUUUUCUCGCAGAUGACUUAUGAGGAAAUGAUGGCCCUCACCGAGUGCCAGCUGGAGGCUCAGAAUGUUACCAAAGGUGCAAGACACAAAAUUGUCAUCAGUAUUCAGAAGCUUAAGGAAAGACAAAACCUCCUGAAGUCUUUGGAAAGGGACAUCAUCGACGGGGGCAGCCUGCGCAUCCCACUCCAGGAGCUGCACCAGAUGAUCCUGACUCCCAUCAAGGCCUACAGCUCCCCGAGCGACACCCCCGAGGCUCGCCGCCGGGAGCCCCAGGCCCCGCACCAGCCCUCGAUGAUGGGCCCGGAAGGCCAGGGCCCUGACUGCAAAGACAGUGCCGGGGCCACUGGGGCCACGGCCACCCCCUCAGCCGGGGCCAGCGGUGGGCUCCAGCCCCACCAGCUGAGCAGCUGUGAUGGGGAACUGGCCGUCGCCCCCCUGCCGGAGGGGGACCUCCCCGGGCAGUUCACUCGCGUCAUGGGGAAAGUGUGCACACAGCUCUUGGUCUCCAGACCUGAUGAGGAAAAUAUAAGUUCCUAUUUACAGCUCAUAGACAAGUGUCUAAUUCAUGAGGCAUUUACAGAGACACAGAAAAAAAGAUUGUUGUCAUGGAAACAGCAGGUGCAGAAGCUCUUUCGGUCUUUCCCUCGGAAAACCCUUCUAGACAUAUCAGGAUAUCGACAGCAAAGAAAUCGUGGCUUUGGCCAGUCCAACUCCCUCCCAACGGCAGGCUCAGUGGGCGGUGGCAUGGGCAGACGGAACCCGCGCCAGUACCAGAUCCCCUCUCGGAACGUCCCUUCCGCCCGCCUGGGCCUCUUGGGCACCAGUGGAUUUGUCAGCUCCAACCAGCGCAGCACUGCAGCCAACCCCACCAUCAUGAAACAAGGAAGACAGAACCUCUGGUUUGCCAACCCCGGGGGCAGUAACAGCAUGCCAAGCCGCACCCACAGCUCAGUGCAAAGGACCCGCUCGCUGCCCGUGCACACUUCUCCGCAGAACAUGCUGAUGUUCCAGCAGCCAGAAUUCCAGCUUCCCGUGACUGAACCUGACAUCAACAACAGGCUGGAGUCCUUGUGCCUCAGUAUGACCGAACACGCCCUGGGAGACGGGGUGGACCGGACCUCCACAAUCUAGAAGCUGAAGAUGAGAGUGACCGCGCUGGCCGUGAAAUCGACUGCUGCGGGUCCAGUGUCAGCCAUCUUCAGGGUUGCACAGAAUCCUCCAAGAUACUUUGCAGCCUUUUUUUCCCCUGGUCCCUCUCCCAUUUUGAUUUUGUGAGAGCGUAGGUCACCCUUGUAAACAUAUCAGUAGACCUGAGAUUGGUUAUUUUGUCAUUUGUUUCUGUCAUGGGUUGAUUUGGUGUGUGGGGUGGGGAGGGGUCUCUAGGGAAACAUGGGACAGGGAAGGAGGUGGAGGGAAUGAAUGCAAGUGGCUUCCUGGAUGGAAAGGACAAAAAAAAAAAAUAAUGUACUGCCAGGAAAGAGAUAGGAGAGACACAGGGGGAGGCAGAAGACCCGGCCCUGGGGAGCCUCAGGCUUCACGGUCAGCCACAGAAGGACAUCAUGGCUACGUGCGACCAAAGCAAGAUGGCAACUUGCCUUUUAAUCUCUCCCCCUGAUCGGAUUUCCCCGAGGUCCCUGUUUGAAACAGCCCGGGAGAGGGCCUAUGGCAUUGGGGGCAAGAAGGAAGAAAUUCCCUCCAACAAAAUUUCAGAUAAACUUUGAUUUGUGUAUUGUUUACAUAACAAUUUUAAAGGGUACAUAAUGUGUAAAGGGUUUGGGUAGAAUUUCUCUUCAUACGAUGGUUUUUGUAAAAGAUUUGUUGUUAUGGAUUCAUUUUUUUCCUCUAUUUUUAUAAUAGCAGCAGGGUUGUCUUUUAAAGCGGCUGCCAAGCUUUGCCUCUUGGGAGGAUGGACGCGAUCACUAGGCCUGAGCAGGCCUGAGCUGUCUCUCACCGUCCGGUGGGAGGAGCACGUGGGUGGGUUCGAGGGAUGAGGAUGUGUCUGGAAUGAGCGCAGCACUGGGUGAGGGCACAGGGAGGACGGCACCAUGGGAUCAGUUAUGGGUUUGCUCGCAGGGCACCCAGAGAGUCUAGAAGAAUCCUGAGGCCUCUUUCUGUGCUGGAUUUGCUUCUCACCCAGAGUCCUCCCUUCCUUCCCACCCUACCUGUGGGGCUCCACCCUAUCACUUCCGGCCUUGCUCCACAUACACACAGCUGGGUGCACGUUCCACUGGAGGAGAAAAGGCAGGCAUGGACGGUUCUCCCUUGCAGGAGGUCUAAUACCCAGAUAAUGAGAACAGAGCGUUUACAGUAGGGAUGCUCGUGGGAACCUGAGCCUGGGGGCUGCAUCUCCUCCACUCAGUCACUGCUGAGGAAGAGGAGGAGAGAAAGGCCCAGCAAUGGUGUAUAAAGGGUCAGUCAGCAAGUGUCAGAGAGAACACGCGGGGAGACGUUUGGCCCACGCGGCCCAGCCCCACCGUCCAAGGUGGGCAGUGAAAGAAGAUGUUGGAAAGGUUAAUCUCAUGAUGGAAAUGACAGCUCUGUCCACACAGUGUAAGUCAGGGAUUUGCUGUGCUGUUGGCUGAUUUAUCCAGCCACGCAGAGGGGAGGGAAAAAACAGUCAUUACGUGGUGAGAGAUUAACAAACUAUGGUAUCAGAAAGUAAUAGGUCUAUUUCUUAAGGGUAAGAAAGACUACGUUUUGGAAUUUGAUGCAGUGGAGGAUAUGGGACGAAAUCAAAGAGGAGCGUGCUCUGCACUGGAAAAUUAGGUUGUGUAAAUGAUGGUAUGAAUCCUCAGCCAAAGGCAAGAUCAGGGAGAUGGUAUAAGGCCUGUGUAUCAAAUGGAUGAGUCUGGUUCCCUUUUUUCUUCUUUUUUUUUUUUUUUUUCAGUGAAGUGAGAGUCAACAUUAAAGACAUCAGACCAUGAAAAUCACUGCACUCGCUUAUGGUUAGUUUUUGUUGUUUCUUUUUUAAGUUAAUGAAGUAUGUACAGAUUUAAAAGGCUUAAUAAGAUCCAGACAAAUUUCUUUUACCUUCAAGAUUAAAAAUAUACAUCCAACCCACCCUUGGAUGCUGCAACGAGGUUUUUGAAGUCCUUUUGCAGUCUAAAAAGGUGAGCACCUUAACCAUAGAGAAACUUGAGUGAGCAAAGAAGGCUUGUUUCCACAAUUUCAUGCAUUGCAUAAAAAAAGGGGGACAGACCUCUCCUUGGGUGACUAAGUUCUAAAGAUGCAAAUCCAUGUGCAGAAAGAGACAACAUCUUUUACUUGAUUUUUUUUUAACCAAGUGCCAUUAACAUUCAUCCUCCACAUCCCUUUUCUAAACAAGCUUAGUGUUACUUGGGGAAUGUGUUAGGAUGGAUUAUCACAUGUAAGGCAGGAAGAAUAUGUCAAAAUGUUGAAGGCCAAAGGUAAGACCAGAAGGUUUGAGAAUGUGGUUUUUGGAUGCUAAGAAAGUUAAUAAAGAGGAGAAAAAACAAUGGUAUUACACAUCUUAUUGAGAAAGGAGAAAGCAUUCGGAUCUGCUACAAAACACGUAUCUAUUCAUACAGACUCGUGUUAUUCAGAUUGUGAACACAAUCACAUUAGCAUGAAUCCUUUAAAAGGAAGAAGACCUUAAAGUAUUUGCAAAUCUGAAUUUCUAUUUAUUCCUUCACUGAAUAUAGAAACAAUGGUUAUCUGAUUAUUAGAGAUAUUAUUUUGGAUAUGUUACUUAUUAACUCGCUAUGGCUGGUAACCAUGAUAAAGUCUGUUAUUAAUAACAUAAUUCUUUUUUUAAAAAAAAGAAAAGCUUAUUUUUCAUUGACUAUGUAUAGAUCUAUCUACUUAGUUGUGUUUUGCUAUUAGUGUUUUAAUUUUUUUUUUUUUUGGUUGAGUGUUCUGAUAAAUUUUAGGAGCCUGCCCCACCUUGUUUUCAGUCCUGUGUUGACUGCAGGUAUACACCUCAAUUUAAAAAUCCUAAAGCAAAAGAAUUUUAUUUAUAAAAGAAUCAAACAGUUGCAUGCAUAGGCUGUGAAGUCAAAUACUUAGAAAUAAAGCGGCAGUGCCUUUUUUUGUAUUCCCCAUUGACCCCCAAAUGCAACUGUUUUAUAUUAAGUAUAAUAGUAAACAACUGAAAAAUCGCAGAGUAAAAUCUAUUUCACUACAUGUGUUUUUCCCCCUUGUUCUGAUUUAUGCAGUGCGUACUUGGCAUCUCUACACUGUCCUAGGGACAGUGGUGUUCUACAAUAUUAUUACCAUGUAUGAUGUUUUAUUGGUGCUUUUUAUUCAUAGUGGUUUCUUACCAGAAACAGUAGGAAGAAACACAUGAACUGUGUACACGACAUGAAACAUUGCUGCUGAUAUGUUUUUUUCCACAUGCUUUUGAGUUUCACAUUUUAAACGAGAGCCAGCAAGCAAAAUAGACACUGCUGGGUCAGACUGCCGGGGGCGGCUGUUUGCACCAAGCUCUCAAAUCCUGUGUAUUGAUGGUCCUCUUUUGGUACUCAGGAUUGGAGCUACAGCGAGGCAGGACCCCACUCCCAUUCAUUUGAAUAGACACUGAGGAAAACAAGGUUUUCUUUUGAGGUGUCGCUGGCUGCCUUGUACAGAAUGGGAGCUUUCUCCAGGUCUUUUGUUCUUCCACACCUUUUGUAGCUAUUGCCGGUGCAAGGUUUGUAGAUGCAUAUUCCCUGAGAGCCUGGGCUGGAGGGCUGAGCUGAGCUGAAUACAUAGGCUUGCAACCAGAAGAGCAGUGAGGGGAGGAAAAACCGGCCCAGGUCUCUUUGGCCUGCUGGAGAAGUCUGCAGCAGCCAGCUCCAGCUUGGGGCAGGAAGCAGCCUACCCAAGGCGCUUAGGUGUGCCUGUUACCAGAAGAACCUACAGAAGGAUAAUUUGCACAUGGAGCUGUGAUAACACUAAUGUUGAUUUUUUUCUACAAGUCAUCAGAGAUGUUUGCAAAGUGAGUUUUAUUUUUUUGUAAUUCCUUUAUCUUUACUUAAAGGUGAAUGUGUAUUCCUCUGGGAGGAAUAGGAAGAAAACAGGAAUGUUAAUAAUGUCGAGCAGAAGACUUCCUCCCUCAUUAAUAUAUAACCCUCAUGUAUUUAUGCCUAAUGUAAGCUGACUUUUAAAAAGCUUUCUUUCGUUGCAUGCCCUGUGCAGGCAUCCAUAUUGUACAUGCAUGCCUUUCGUCCUGUCUUCCUGUAUAAAGUUAGUGAACAAAGAAAUAUUUUUGCCUAGUUCAUGUUGCCAAGCAAUGCAUAUUUUUUAAAUUUGUCAUAUAUGAAAAGAGCAUGUUUGUUACAUGUAAAAGCUUUACUGAUAUACAGAUAUACUAAUGUUUGAAGAUGCUGUUCUUUGCAAGUGUACAGUUUUCAAAUGUUGUUACCAGUGAAACACCCUUGUGGUUCAAACUUGCUACAAUGUAUUUAUUACUCAUUCCCUCCCAUGUAACUAAGAAUCAUGGCUAUAUUUCAUAUCAACGUUAUAUUGAAAGUGAAGGGAAAUGAUUAAUACAAGGUUUUGUAACACUG